CCCGGGGAUUGGGAUGGUGCAGUUGAUGAGGUGGCGGCCGUGGUGCCCCUCAAUAGUUUGAAGAGACUGAUGGUCUGGUGGCGGUAGUUCGCCCCGGGCAGCUCUUCGCUUCGCGCCGCCUGGGCGCGGAAACGUCGCGAUGUCCUUUACCUGCUCAGGUGCUGAGUUUGUGUCCGAGUACCGGGUACUGAGCAUUUCGUUUAAUCUUUUCAAAAGCUUUUUAAUAGAACUGCUAGCCACAUUUUACCAGUGGGGAAACCGAGGCUCAGACUAAGUAAUUUACCCAACCUUACACAGCUGGUUAACUGCUAGAGCCCUUUGAACCCUGCCUGGAAAGUUUGACUUCAUUGUUUUACAAGGUUCUGGAACAGGGCUUUUUCUCCUUACAGUUACUUUGGUAUUCUAGAAUGUAAAGUGAAUAAUUGGUACUGUUAAUGGAAUGUGCACAUAAUACUCAGCAAAGUUCUUGUCCUCAAAAUACUGAAGCUUCUAGUUAGGGGCAGGACAUAUGACAAUAAAACAUCAGAAACAACCUAGCUCUAUAGUAAGAACACAAACACUGACGUCAUUCAAACCUGGGUUUUAAUUCUUGCUUAGCGCCUUACUAGACUUUUUGAGUGCUUAACCUACUUUUGAACUUUACUUAUUUACAAAAUGAGGAUCUGAUAAUACAUACCUCCCAAGAUUAAUAGUGUAUGCAAAACAUUUAACACAGCAUCCGACACCGUAAGCACCUGUAAGAAUAUCCUAGUGAAUGUUGCCACUGGUAAAGUCAUAAAUAUAAUUGCCAGUUCAUUUAGAGAUGAUCCUUUAACUCAAGUUUUAGCCUUCCAGUUUCAAAGUUAUUCUGUAGAAAAUUGUGGGUAGAGAGGUAAGUUGAAUAUAGGGAGGCAGAUGAAUAGCUAAGCUUUCUGUACUGCCAACAGGUGGGUUGAAGGUACAAAUUUAUCACCUACCACUAAUAAAAGUCAUCCUAUCAUGGAAAAUAUAGUGUACUUCUCACACACCACUAAAAGUUUUAUUAUCUGCAUUUAACAGGUUAUUUGAAAGAGUAGAAUUUGGAUUUUUAUUCUCAAAAGCCAUUGUAGACAUGUAAGUUUGUAGCUUUAUGACAUUUUUUAAAUGAAUACCUUUUUUAGGAUCUUAUGGAGGCCAUUCGAAUUCUCGAGAAGACUUCUGAAAGUGGAAAGCUGUAACAUAACUGAGUCCAAGUCACCGAUUCCACUAGCUUGGACAUCACUGACACAAAAACUUAACGGAACACCUGGUAUUUUCUUGUUGUGUCAAAGAAAAAAAUUGUCAACUAUGCCAGAAUUAGAAACAAACCAGAGAGACUCUGAAUUGUUUUCACCACCCUCUGAUGUUCGAGGAAUGACAGAACUUGAUAGAACAGCUUUUACAAAGACAGUCACCAUUCCAGUACUUAAAGUGAGAAAAGAAAUAGUCAAUAAAUUGAUGAGAUCUCUUAAAAGGGCAGCAUUACAGCGCCCGGGCAUAAAACGUGUGAUUGAAGAUCCAGAAGAUGAAGACAGUAGACUGAUAAUGUUGGAUCCCCAUAAAGUGUUUUCUCAUGAUUCCUUUGAGAAAACAGAACUCAGUAUUUUAAAGCAGCUUAAUGUCAAUCCACAGAUAUCUAAAUAUAAUUUGGAACUAACUUAUGAAAACUUUAAGUCAGAAGAAAUCUUAAGAGCUGUGCUUCCUGAAGGCCAAGAUGUGACUUCAGGGUUUAGCAGAGUUGGACACAUCGCCCACCUGAACCUUCGAGAUCAUCAGCUACCUUUCAAGCAUUUAAUUGGUCAAGUUAUGAUAGACAAAAAUCCAGGAAUCACUUCAGCAGUAAAUAAAGUCAAUAAUAUUGACAAUACUUACCGAAAUUUUCAAAUGGAAGUGCUAUCUGGAGAGGAGAACAUGAUGACCAAGGUUCGAGAAAACAACUACAACUAUGAAUUUGAUUUUUCAAAAGUCUAUUGGAAUCCUCGUCUCUCUACAGAACACAGCCGUAUCACAGAACUUCUCAAACCUGGGGAUGUCCUAUUUGAUGUUUUUGCUGGAGUUGGGCCCUUUGUCAUUCCAAUAGCAAAGAAAAAUUGUACCGUAUUUGCCAAUGAUCUCAAUCCUGAAUCCCAUAAAUGGCUAUUGCACAAUUGUAAAUUAAAUAAAGUGGACCAAAAGGUAAAGGUCUUCAACUUGGAUGGGAAAGACUUUAUCCAAGGACCAGUCAGAGAAGAGUUAAUGCAGCAGUUGGGACCAGUGUCCAAAGAAAGAAAACAUUCUGUGCACAUUGUUAUGAACUUGCCAGCAAAGGCUAUAGAGUUUCUCAGUGCCUUCAAAUUGCUUUUAGACGGGCCGCCUUGCUGCAGUGAGCUCCUUCCUAUAGUGCACUGUUACAGCUUUUCCAAAGAUGCUAAUCCUGCUGAAGAUGUUCGGCAACAAGCCGGAGCUGCGUUAGGUGUUUCCUUGGAGACAUCCAGUUCAGUUCACCUAGUAAGAAAUGUGGCCCCUAAUAAGGAAAUGCUGUGCAUCACCUUUCACAUUCCUGCUUCUGUACUCUUCAAGAACCAGACCAUAACUCUAGAGAAUCAUGAAGAUCCACCUCUUAAACGCCAGAGGACAGAUAAAGCCUUUUCAGAAGAAAAAAUACAAAUUGCUUCAAACACUUAAUUGGAAAUAUUUUCUCCAUCUUCCCCACUAGACUUUUAUGUAGUAAAAUAGUUCGUAUGAUUGCAUAAAAUUUUAGUAGUUACUUUACUAUUGAAACCUUAUAUUUUACCCUUGCUGUCUUAAUUUCAGUAUUACCAAAUUAAAAUUUAACUGAAAUGUC